AUGAAAACCAGCGCGAGACAGAAAGCCGCCUCAGAAACGAUUGCAUUAUCCAUAACAAUGCUUACAGAUAUGGCUUCGUCAUCCAAAAAGAACAUUGACAAGGACGUCAGAUGGAUUACAGAAGCGAAAGCAAAUUUAAAUAAAAUUGCCGAAGCCACGGGCCAACUUAGGAAAUGA